AUGGUGGCUACUCCCAUUCUGCACCACCUCCACAUCCUCACGCUCCUCCUCAUAUGCUCCUGUUCCAUGCACGCUUCAGCCAACACCACCACCGCCGUCCCCUGCCUCCCAGACCAAGCCUCGGCCCUCCUCCACCUCAAACAUUCCUUCACACAUGCAAACCUACCGUCAUGGCGAGCUGGAAAAGACUGCUGCCACUGGGAGGGCGUCGCGUGCGACGCAGCCUCCGGAAGGGUCAUCUCCCUUAACCUCAGCAACAUCGACGCAACGAUCCACCGCGUCGACACCGCACUCCUCAACCUCACCUCCCUGAAGAGCUUGAGCCUCACCACCACACGCAUUUCCGAGGGGCUCUCUACACUGAGCAAGCUUCCCUCACUGAACACUCUGGAGCUUCAUGGGUUGAGCUCCUCGGACCUGGUAGGCCCGGAGCUAUCUUCGAUUGGCGAUAUCAGGCAGCUGACAUCUCUGCACCUCGAGGGCUAUGAUUUCUCUCGGUCACAACCCUCUUGGAUCGGCAAUCUGACGGGCUUGGCGCACCUGCGCAUGCACGGUUGCAGUUUCGCCGGGCCAGUGCCUGAUCAGAUUGGCACUCUUGCAAAGCUGACGCUGCUGGAUUUGGAAAAUUGCAACUACACCGGGCAAUCGGUUCCUUCAUGGAUUGGAAACCUUACAAGGUUGACAACAUUGAGUAUCCAAGGUUGCCGGCAUUCUGGGUCGAUUCCCUCGGCAAUCGCAAACUUGACCCGGCUUGAAGUUAUACGGCUAGGGAACAACAGCCUUGUCGGGAAAAUUCCACAAUCGUUGUUCGCUUUUCCAGCAUUGAAAGUGCUUUCCCUAAAGAACAAUCAACUCUCUGGUCAUCUUGAAGACAUUCCUUUCCCUCUAUAUUCAUCCUUGUCUACUGUUGAGAUAAACGACAACCAGUUAACUGGCCAUAUACCCAAAUCAAUCCUUCAGCUUAAACAUCUUGAAUACCUCAACCUUGAAUCAAAUAGAUUGUCAGGCACAAUCAAACUAAGCCCUUUCUGGAGGUUGGAGAGACUCUUUUUUCUUAGUCUAUCCAAUAACAAGCUAUCAAUCGCCGACGAAGAAGGUGCUGACGUUUUAAAAUCUCUUCCUAACAUCUACCAGAUACACCUUGCAUCCUGCAACCUCACAAAAUUUCCGGGUUCACUGAGAUAUCUAGAUAAAGUUUCUGUUCUUGACCUUUCAAGUAAUCAAAUAAAUGAUGUUAUACCAAGUUGGGUAUGGGAGAACUGGAAGGACCAGCUUGAGAGUUUGAACCUCUCGCGCAACAUGUUCACGGCUUUGGAGAAGUUUCCUUCUCUUGUUCAUAUGCCACGCCUAACUGCUCUUGAUCUCAGCUUUAAUAGGCUUCAAGGCAGCAUACCAAUACCGGUAACUGCAGUGUCUGGGAAUGUAUUAGAUUAUUCAAACAAUAACUUCUCUUCCAUUCUUCCUGACUUUGGAAGAUAUAUUAGAAGCUUCUACCUCAAUUUGUCCAAGAAUAAAUUAAAUGGUUAUGUACCAUCUUCCAUCUGCAGUGCAAGCCAUCUCAAUAUCUUGGACCUGUCUUAUAACAAUUUUAGUGGAUCACUCCCAUCAUGCCUUAUUGGAAGUGGGAAACUAACCGUGUUGAAGUUGAGAGAAAAUCAAUUCAACGGGACGUUCCCUGAAAAUAUUAGAGAGGAGUGCAAGUUUCGAACAAUAGAUUUGAACAGAAAUCAAAUUGAAGGUGAACUACCAAGAGCAUUGUUAAAUUGUCAAGACUUAGAGCUUCUUGAUAUUGGUAACAAUCAGGUCCGCGGUUCCUUUCCAUCUUGGUUGGACAUUCUUCCAAAGCUUCGGGUCCUUGUCUUACGGUCCAACCAGCUCAAUGGAACAAUAAGGGAUCUUGAUGGUGACCAUGGAACCACCAACCAGUUCCCUAGUUUGCAAAUACUCUGUUUGGCUUCCAACAGAUUCUAUGGACACCUGCCAAAAGGAUGGUUUAAUAAAUUCAAAGCAAUGAUGGAAAAUGUCAACGAGGAGGGACGAGUUUUAGGCUAUUACACAAACACAACGCAUGGAUUUUAUCAAGACACUGUUACCAUCACACUUAAGGGAUCCGACCUUAUUUUCACCAAGAUUCUAACUACUUUCAAAGCAAUCGAUUUCUCAAACAACUCAUUUGAUGGCCAUUUUCCAGAGUCAAUUGGGAAUCUUGUUUCGCUUCACGGGGUUAAUAUGUCAUCCAACAACUUCACGGGACAAAUGCCAUCUAGCUUCAGUAACUUGUCUCAGCUGGAAUCGUUGGACCUCUCUUGGAACCGGAUUUCAGGAGAAAUCCCGCAAGUGCUGACCUCUCUUACCUCUCUUGCUUGGUUGAAUCUUUCAUACAACAACUUGGUUGGAAGAAUACCGCAGGGUAACCAGUUCUUGUCAUUUCCCAAUAGUUCAUUUGAAGGCAACGUGGGGCUAUGUGGAAAUCCGCUCUCUAAACAAUGUGAGACUACAGAUUCAACUGCUUCAAGUGCAUUGGCCCCUCCUGAACCUUAUAAUUUGUGGCAGGAUAGACUUGAUGCCAUCCUUCUCUUCACAUUUGUUGGCCUGGGGUUUGGAGUGGGCUUUGCAUCGGCAAUUACGUUCCGAAUGUUUUGCCACAUCAAAGGAUUGGACUGCAAGCAAUGCAACAAGGAAGUAUGA